AUGGCUUCUGCCAUGAAGAAGAUCUUUGGGGUUAAGGAAAAGACACCCUUCGGUUUCUGCGAUGGCCCACAAAUGUCCAUCUCUGAGUUUUUCUUCGGUGAAUGUCCCAGCUAUCCAAAAUACCAUACAACAUACAGACCCUUGGGGCAGAUCCACCGGGUUGCAGCUGAGGGUGAUGCAGGCCGGCUGGAGGUUCUCAUCACGCUCGGGCAGUGCAGUGUGUUUGACAGAGACCACAAGGACAGGACAGCUUUGCAUUUUGCCUGUGUCUAUGGCCGGCUACCUGUGGUGAAUGUUCUAGUGAAUAAUAACUGUGAGAUAGAUGCCUUGGACAAGAACCACAUCACACCUCUGAUGAAGUCUGUCCAAUGCUGGAAACAGAAAUGUGCAGCUGUUCUACUGGAGCACGGUGCUGAUGCGAACAUUAGGGAUAACAGUGGCAACUGUGCCUUGCACUAUGCUGUGUACAAUGGGCAUGAAGAUAUGGCGUCACUACUGCUCAAAUACCAUGCUGAUAUCGAACAAAAGACCAAAGAUGGCUUCACACCACUUUUGCUGGCACUCAGAGAAAAGAGGAUAGAGAUGGCAGAAUUUUUAGUGAAAAAAGGAGCAGAUAUACAUGUUGUAGAUGACAUGCAAAGAAACACCUUGAUAUAUGCUAUACGGUGUGGAUCAAAACAUUUGGCUACAUUACUCCUUAAGAAAGGCAUUGACUUCUUCUGCAAGGAUGCCUUUGGAUGGACGGCAUUACGGUACGCUAUUGAAGGCCACUGUACUUUUAGACAGAUUCUUCUGGAUUUUGAAGAAAACGUACAUAAUAACAAAAACGAUAGUGAACAAGAAGAACAAAUGGAUUCUGGGAAUGACUCAUUAGCUGGGAUUUCCAGCUGUCCCGGUCCUGGACCUCCCAUGGCUACAAUAAAGGAAGAAAACUACAACUCUGAUGCCAAGGUGGGAUGCUCCUGUGAGGAGUUACCUUCCUUGCCCAAGCCUGACAUAGAAGUAAGAGAAUCUGUUACAAAUGAAGCAGUAGAAAUAAUAGAACUGCUACAACCCAUACCAGAAUUAGAAUUGAUGUCAGUGGAAGAAGACAUGUCUGAUGAAAGUGAAAAAAAUCAGCCACUGAGUGUCUUGGAGCAUCUUCCACAGAUGAGUGUUGGACAUUUAUCUGAUGCAGGAUAUGAAAUGGGAAAAGUUAAUAUAAACAGACAAAUGAAAGGUAGGAAUAGCAUUUUACUAAAAAGAACUAUGUGA